AUGAUUAGUCCUAAACUGAUUGAGUUGCAGCAUUUACAAUAUUUGGACCUUGCAUUCAUUGAUUUCAAUGGGAGCCAAAUUCCAGAUUUCAUUGGUUCUCUAACCAGUCUAAGGUACCUCAAUCUCAGUUUCUGUUAUUUCAUUGGUCCAAUUCCAAGUUCGUUUCGAAACCUCACGCAAUUGCAACAUCUCGACCUCUACUAUAAUUGGCGGCUUCAAGCAGAAAAUCUCAAUUGGCUCCCUGCUCUUUCUUCUUUAACGUAUUUGGACCUUUCAUUCAUUGAUUUCAAUGGGAGUCGAAUUCCAGAUUUCAUUGGUUCUCUAACCAAUCUAAGAAACCUCAGUCUCAGUUCCUGUAAUUUCAUUGGUCCAAUUCCAAGUUCGUUUGAAAACCUCACGCAAUUGCAAAAUCUCGACCUCAGCGAUAAUCAGCUUCAACCAGAAAAUCUCAAUUGCCUCCCUGCUCUUUCUUCUUUAACUGAUUUGGUCCUAAGCGGAAGCUUCAAUGGGAGCCAAAUUCCAGAUUUCAUUGGUUCUCUAACCAAUCUAAGAACCCUCCGUCUCCGUUCCUGUCAUUUCAUUGGUCCAAUUCCAAGUUCGUUUGAAAACCUCACGCAAUUGCAAAAUCUCGACCUCAGCGAUAAUCAGCUUCAACCAGAAAAUCUCAAUUGGCUCCCUGCUCUUUCUUCUUUAACGGAUUUGGACCUAAGCGGAAACUUCAAUGGGAGCCAAAUUCCCGAUUUCAUUGGUUCUCUAACCAAUCUAAGGUACCUCAGUCUCAGUUCCUGUCAUUUCAUUGGUCAAAUUCCAAGUUUGUUUGGAAACCUCACGCAAUUGCAAAAUCUCGACCUCAGCAAUAAUCAGCUUCAACCAGAAAAUCUCAAUUGGCUCCCUGGUCUUUCUUCUUUAACGGAUUUGGACCUAAGCGGAAGCUUCGAUGGGGGCCAAAUUCCCGAUUUCAUUGGUUCUCUAACCAAUCUAAGAAACCUCCGUCUCAGUUUCUGUAAUUUGGUCGGUCAAAUUCCAAGUUCGUUUGGAAACCUCACGCAAUUGCAAAAUCUCGACCUCAGCUAUAAUCAGCUUCAACCAGAAAAUCUCAAUUGGCUCCCUGCUCCUUCUUCUUUAAUGUAUUUGUACCUAAGCGGAAACAAUCUCAGUACUGUUUUCGAUUGGCCAGAAGCAGUACUUAAUAAGCUCCCUAAACUAGUAGCGUUGACCUUGGUGAAUUGUAGUCUUCCUCCUCCUCCUACUCCAAUUCUUUCCACUACUCUUUACAAAACAAAUUCUUCUACAUCUCUUGCGUAUGUUUCUCUCUCUGACAACCAUCUCACUUCUUCAAUAUUUCUUUGGUUGUUCAACUACAGUACAAGCCUUGUUCGUCUUUACCUCUCCAACAAUAAUCUAUCUGGUUUCAUUCCCAAUUUCAUUGGAAACAUGAGCUCGCUUGUGAAUCUGGAUCUCUCCUACAAUAAUCUAACUGGUUUCAUUGCCAAUUUCACUGGAAGCAUGAGCUCUCUUAGGUAUCUGCAUCUCUCCAACAAUUAUCUAACUAGUUUCAUUGCCGAUUUCACUGGAAACACGAGCUCUCUUGUGGAUCUGCAUCUUUCCUACAAUAAUCUAACUGGUUUCAUUGCCAAUUUCACUGGAAGCAUGAGCUCUCUUGGGUAUCUGGAUCUCUCCAACAAUUAUCUAACUAGUUUCAUUGCCGAUUUCACUGGAAACAUGAGCUCUCUUGUGGAUCUGGAUCUCUCCAACAAUAAUCUAACUGGUUUCAUUCCCAAUUUCAUUGGAAACAUGAGCUCUCUUGUGUAUCUGGAUCUCUUUGAUAACCAUAUUGAAGGUGCGAAUCCAAAUUCGUUUGCAAGGCUGUGUAAUUUGGAAAUAUUGUCGCUUCAAAGAAAUCAUCUGAGUGGACAAUUAUCCAAGUUUGUUCAACUAUUGCCUAGAUGUGGGCAAAACUCAUUAAGGGGUCUGCACCUCUCUGAGAAUGUUCUUAAGGGGUCAUUAAACAAUCUUACAAGCUUCUCAUCUUUGAAAUUCUUGAAUCUUAGUGCCAAUCAAUUAAGCGGAAACAUACCUGAAAGUAUUGGGCAAAUGUCGCAACUAUGGAGAAUCGAUUUCAGCAUGAACUCUUUGGAAGGGGUGGUUUCAGAAACUCAUUUCUCAAAACUCUCCGAAUUAAAAUAUUUGGAUUUAUCCUCUAACUCACUAGUUUUAAAUUUCCAUUCUGAUUGGGUUCCUCCCUUCCAGUUAUAUUUCAUAGUUUUGGGGUCUUGCAAGAUGGGUCAACAUUUCCCAAAAUGGCUUCAAACUCAAAAAGAUUCUUUCGAGCUUGAUAUUUCGAAUGCUGGAAUUUCUGAUAUCCUUCCAAGUUGGUUUUGGAGUAAUUUUCGUAACGCAGAGGUUAUUAAUCUCUCACGGAACCUAAUUAGAGGAAUAUUUACAAAUUUGACAGUGGAGUUUGAAGGUCCAAUUCCCUCAACUAUAUCACAAGCCUCAUAUCUGGAUCUCUCUAAUAAUAACAUUUCGGGGUCGCUUUCUUUCCUAUGUGCAAAUACAUAUAUGAGUUUAACAUAUCUUAAUCUUUCAAGCAACAGUCUUUCUGGAGAACUUCCAGAUUGCUGGAGCCAUUUGGAGACUCUAGUCAUGCUUGAUUUGAGUAACAACGCUUUUUCCGGAAAAAUUCCCAUGACAAUAGGCUCUUUAUUUCAAAUGCAAACUUUGAAAUUAAGAAGCAACCAAUUUGUUGGAGAAUUGCCUUCAUCGUUCAAGAACUGCACAAGUUUAGAAGUUAUUGAUCUGGGAGAUAAUAAAUUAUCAGGACCAAUACCUACAUGGUUAGGUGUGAGCUUCAAGAAUUUGGCUAUCCUGAUGCUUUCCACUAAUCACUUCAAUGGAAGCAUGCCCUCACAAUUAUGCCAUCUAACACACAUUAAAAUUAUGGAUUUCUCUAUGAACAACAUCUCUGGAAGCAUACCCAAAUGCCUCAACAAUUUGACUACUCUGGCUCAAAAAGGAAAUCCAAGUUUAUCCAGCAAACAUAUUUAUCCGAGGUUUAAUAAGACAACUGGUCCUACUAUUUAUGAGGAUGAUGCAAGCUUCAUAUGGAAAGGAAGAAUGCAGACAUACAAAAGCACUUUGGGCCUUGUGAAGAGAAUUGAUCUCUCAAGCAAUAGAUUAACAGGGGAGAUUCCAAGUGAAAUCACUCAUCUUGUUGGGUUGAUUUCUUUAAACCUUUCGAGAAACCAGUUAAUAGGUCAAAUAACUCUAGAGAUUGGAAACUUGCAGUCAUUGGAUUCGCUUGAUUUAUCAAGAAACCAUAUAGAUGGAGGAAUUCCGACAAGCCUUGCUCGGAUAGAUCGUCUUAGUUUCUUGGACUUGUCAUAUAACAACUUGUCUGGCAAAAUACCAACAGGCACUCAGCUCCAAGGCUUUGAUCCCUCUGUUUAUGUUGGAAAUCCUCAACUCUGUGGACCUCCGCUUAAAAAGAUGUGUGCCGAUCAAAAUGAGAAAACUGACUUGAGCAAUCAAGAGGAUGAGGAUGAGCUUAUAACACUGGGAUUUUACAUCAGUAUGGGGCUUGGCUUUGCUGCUGGAUUUUGGGGAGUUUGUGGCACUUUGAUAUUCAACAGGUCAUGGAGAUAUGCAUACUUUACGUUCUUGAAUGGUUUAAAUGAUUGGCUUUAUGUGACGGUAGCUUUGAUCAAGCGGCAACUAAAGCUAGCAUAUGCUUAAUAGAUAAGCUCGUGACGCUGUAUCAUCUAAAUUAGGAGAAAAGUAGCUGUAGCUGAAUGCCUCCUUUCAGUUCAAGUGGUGAAGAUUGCCAGUAUACGCGCACGCACAGAUAUUUGGAGAAGAGUUUACGAGUUAAUUUGGAGUGUUUAGUAGGAAUAAAUAUGAAU